AUGGCUUGUACGCCCAACCAAGAGACAACAUUAUUAAUGAAAUACCUUGAAGACUCAUUACAACCUCUAUGGAUGAUAAAGAAAUCUAAUCUUGGAGGAAGGGGAUUGUACGCGACGCAGACAAUCGAAAAAGGAAGCCUUAUUUUUACCAAUAAACCUUUGGUAACAGCACCACGAGAUGACAGUGUCGAUCAAUUAUUUUGUUCCAUAUGUUACAAAUUGUGUGAUUCGUGCUCCGCUUGUGAAAAAUGUUCUUCGAUUACUUGCAGUGAGAAUUGUAAAACAUCUCAACAACAUCAAUUAGAAUGUAAUUUUAUCACAAAUAACUGGAAGGCCAAACCCGAUUGCGGUGAAUUAACAGGUGUACUGAAAUCCGCACACAUGUACUUACGUUUCUUACUUUUGGUGAAACAUCACAAAACCAUAUUAUCAAUAUUACAAACUUGUAGCACCAAAUCCCACGUUGAAGACAUUGAAAAGUUAUGUUCAGUAUAUGUGAUACCCGAAGACCAAAUUCAAUUUCUAAAAUUUGUUCACUCCAUAAUGAAAUUAAACUCAUUUAGGAUCGCUAACAGUCCUCAAAAUAAGAAGGUAUCAUUACGAGGACUGUACCCAUUAUCGCCAUUUUUAAACCACAGUUGUACACCGAAUACCAGAAAUGUUUUUAGAGAAGAUUACAGUAUGUCUGUUUAUGCUGCAAAAGACAUUGAAAGUGGUGAAGAAAUUCUGACAUGUUAUACGGGACUGCUGUGGUGUACUCCUGCGAGGAGAUAUCAACUUUUUAAAACAAAAGAGUUUUGGUGUAAAUGUGCACGAUGUGAAGAUCGCACUGAAUUGGGGACAAACCUGUCUGCACUGAAAUGUUUUAACAAAGAUUGCGUAGGUAUUCUCCUACCAAAAUCCCCUUUAAACCUUAACAUUGAGUGGUCCUGUGACAAUUGCAGUUCCAUAUUUCCAGCUUCGAAAAUAUGCACAAUUCAAAGUGUCCUUGGUAGCAUAGUUGGGUCCCUAGAUUUGGAUGGUCAAUUCCGACUUGAACCACAGCUGUUAGCAAGACUAGCUAACUUUGUACCAUAUACGAAUCAUAUAUUUAUCGAUAUUCGUCUGAGACUAGCACAGAGGCUCGGAUUUACUGGACUGAAAUUAAACGGUGGAUCUGUCUACCUGUGCCAGCUCUCGGAAUCCCGUCUGGCGCUGAAAGAGAGCCUGUCCCGCGGCACUCUGCGAACGUUGGCGGCGCUGGGCGUGGGCGACGCGCACCUCCGCGGCCUAUUGCUCUACCACCUGCACGCCGCCCUGGCAGAGCGCGCCCGCCGAUCUCCAGACCUGUUUGAGGAUCUAAAAGCUGAAAUCGAAAGUACUAUAGAACAAGCAUACUCUAUACUCCAAGGAGACAUUUCUGCGCCGCCAGACCUCGAGUUAAGACGUCGUUAUCUUGGACCAGGCUGUGAUAAACCGCAGGAAGAAAGAUUCUUUAUACUAGAUGUGUAA